AUGUCUAGUCAACAACAACAACAAAAUGGUCAAAAUGAAAAUUCUAUUAAACCAUUUAAGGAUUUGCUAAUGGCUUUAAAAGAUCUUUCGGUUCCAAUUAAUCAAACUGACGAAUGGCAAUGCUCACCAUUAUAUCUUAGUUGUUUAUGUGGGCAUUAUGAAGUUGUUGCAUAUUUGUUAAGAAAUGGUGCUAGAUAUGAAAAGGGCACAUUGGAAGGUGAAAGAUGUCUUUAUGGAUCUUUAACAAUAAAGAUUAGGAGUCUUUUACUAAAUUACAAGUUUACAAAAGCAGUUGAUGAAAAUCAAACAUAUCUUAAAUUUCUAUUGAAUUUAUACGAAAAGCCAUCGGAGACGUUUAGUGACUUAACUGCGCAUAAAUUUAUUCUUUGUGCUCGAAGUUCUAAUUUAAAAAAUAAAUUUGAAACAAUUUGGAAGAAUAAAAAUAUUAUAGAAAUCAAAGAUCCUCACAUACAUCCAACAUGUUUUCAAGGGAUUUUAAGAUAUCUUUAUACUGGAGAAAUAUUUCCCAUAUCUACAAAAUUAAUUGAUAGAAUGUUAUUUUUAUGUCAGUAUGUUGGUUUGACACAUUUGAGUGGUUAUUUUAUGCAAACAGAUCCAUAUAAAAGAUCAAAUAAGAAAGAAUUUAAACAACUUCAAGAAGAAAUUAAAACUUAUUUCGAGGAUAAAAUCAUGUAUUCUAGAAAGAUUAUUAGUUAUGAUGGUGAUGUUGAAUUGAUUGAUAACGCUGAAUUGGUGAAAUUAAAAAAAUCAUCACAUGCAGAUAUUUUUAUUAAAGUAGAAAACGUGAUAUUUCCUUGUCAUAGGGCAUUUAUUUCUACACGGUGCGAUUAUUUUAAAACAAUGUUUACAAGUUGCUUUAGGGAAGGAUCGGCCCAACAUUACGUCAACGAAGUUGAUACAGUCCCACCUAUUAUUGAACUUCAUAGUUUUACACCGGAGGUUUUUUUAUUUGUUCUUGAAUACAUUUACACAGAAAAAUGCAAUAUUUCACCCGAGUUUGCAUACGAUGUGCUUCUUGCGGCAGAUAUGCUCUUUCUCAAUAAAUUAUUGUCAAUUGCUUCAACUGCAAUAACGAAUCAAACACAAUUGACAGCGACUGAAAUUUAUAUGUUAUAUGAUAAAGCGAUUGAUUUACAUAAUGAAAAUUUAGAACAAUGGUGUAUAACAUGGUUUAUAGAUCAUAUAGAUGAAGUGUUGGACGAUCCGAUAUUUGUACAAAUAAUUCAAAAAUCAGCUCAAGCAAUAAAAGGACGACAAGAAACCGAUUCGAUACCAAUAAUAGAUGAUUUGAGAUAUUCGUUGGAAAAGAAAUACGGACCACGCAGAGAAAAUUCUAGAAAAAUUUGCUUAAAAGUUAAAAAUUCAGAACAAAUUAUAAAAGAAAAAGAAGAUAGAUUAGAACAUGCUCGUAUUUUAGAAAGAAUUGACCAAAUAUUAAAGAACUUAAAUUUAAGUGCUUAG